AUGAUUAAUCUUGUGAGAAGUGCUCAUGGUAUUACUCUUAUCGGUAUCAGAGCCGAGCAUCACAGCUCACUCAGCUUCUCUGCGACCAACAUGUCUGUAAAACUCGUCCUCCUGGCCGCCCUCGCGGCUCUGGCCUCCGCCGUCCCCCGUCCCGACUCUCCUCCCGUCUACCACGCUCCUCACCCGACCUACAAGCAGCCAGGAAUGCCCUUCGACUUCAGCUACGCCGUCAAGGACCCCUACUCGGGCAACGACUACGCCCACGCCCAGACCAGCGACGGUCACGUCACCUCCGGAUCCUACAGCGUGGCUCUUCCCGACGGCCGAACCGAGAUCGUCGAAUUCACCGCCGAUCACGACAACGGCUACGUCGCCAACGUCGCCUACGGGAGAGGCCUCGCGGCUCUGCCAAAAGCUCCUUGCUCACCAAAUAUCCGACGCCAAAGGAAGACUUUUCAAGCCCAAGCAUCAUUAAAUUCACGCCAAAGGCACAAGGCAGAACCAGGGUGCUUCCUGUGCUUCAGCCUCAUUACCUCCACAUGGAAAUUCAUUGCAACAUUGCUGACUCGUCCUGUUCAUGUUUUCACAAGAGUCGUCUUCUAG